ACCAAGGUGCAAACUUGGUGCAAACCAUUGACCUAUAAUAAGUACUUAUUAUAGGUCAAUGAAGUUAUUAUAGUAUAGGUCAAGUAUAGGUCAAUAAGUACUUAUUAUAGGUCAAUGGUGCAAACGGCCUUGGCCAAGGCCAUAUAUGCCUUGGUGCAAACCUUGGUGCAAACGUAGUUUGGUGAAAAACCAACGGUCUACCGUAAAUGUCGCACGUAUAUGGCUCACUAGAAAGCUCUAACGCAGGCUUUUACUUUUAUACGGACUUGGCGUUUUCUGCACCAAGGUGCUCUCGAUGAAUUACAUAAUGUAUUCCCUGUAGUAAGAAAAGCGAUAUACUGCAGCAGUCGGCAUUUUAAUUGGUGUGCUCUCAAAUUUGUUUUAAGAAGUUGCAUCCAGCGACCAUGAAUCUAACCGUUGUCUUGCGUUUGUCGCUUUUAUCCAUUUUGAUUGGACUUUCUGGAUCAAUUACCAUCGAAACAACAGACUACUGCAACAAGACUCUUUGCGAGGGGGACUGGGUGCACACCAUGUGUGAGCACCCAGACGAAACACCCGGCCCGGCGUGCCUUCAAAUCUACAGCACGCCAAUAACAGACAGCCAAAAAGAAGAACUGCUCGACGUGCACAAUCGCCUGCGUGAACAUGUCGCAUCAGGGAAAGAGACGCGCUGCCAAGGUGGGCCGUUGCCGACAGCAGCGAACAUGGGCGUUAUGACGUGGAACGAUGAGAUUGCACGAAUAGCCCAACGGUUGGCCCUGACAUGCGUUAGCGGGCAUGAUAAAUGCCGAGACUUGAAGAUGAUGUAUCUUGGACAGAACCUCGCAGAAAUCACAUACCAAAAGGAACAGAAGAGCCCACCCAAUAUGACAGCUUUGGCUUAUGCAUGGUAUAAUGAGGCGCCCCUUUUCAGCAACGACAACAUUCAUCACAUUGAUAUACCCGAGGAUGCCGGACAUUUCACCCAAAUGUUCUGGGCGGAAACUUACAAACUGGGCUGCGGCUACACCAGCUUUUUCUCGGAGUAUGCUAAUGGAUGGAUUGUCUACUUAGUCUGCAACUACGGGCCCACCGGCAACUGGCAGACCGGCGACAUGUACCAGAUCGGACCGCCGUGCUCCAAGUGCCCGAACGGUACGACGUGUGGCGGCGACAGUCGCUACCCGAGCCUGUGCAGCUCGGACGACGGUGAGGUUCCUGACUCGCUGGGCAUCGAACCCGUGUACCACGCUGGUCAGGACGCCUUGAACGUGUGGCACUGGAGCGUCCUGAUUUCAUUUGUGGCUGCUGUGCGGGCUAUGCCAUGAGCACUUCGAGUUCGUUCGAGUUAAGCUGUAACAAUUACCUUAUAAAUUUGAUCAUCUGAGUGCGCUGGCGCGUGCAGUUUUUA